AAAUUACGAUAAACCCGAAAUAGUCCGGGAGAUUGUUGUCAAAACAUACUGACUCAUGAACAGGUAAUUGCUAAGAAUAGUAACAUUACUCUUGACGGUUCCACCUACCCGGUAUAAAACUUUGGGGGAAGUAUUUAGGAUGGCAGAAGGAGGUGUUACAGAUUUCAGCGAACAAGACCAACGACAGGAAUUAUCUAACAUGAAGACAGAGGCGAAACAAGAGAAAAUUCUGGAGGAACCUGCAGGAAAGGCCGAAGGUCAAGACGAGGGCUUGUCAGAGUUCUUGGAGAGGACAAAAUGCGAUCGUAUGUAUGAGCUUCGUCAGAUUCAGUAUGGAGAAAGGCCUGUAACUAGUACUGGUAGAAAAAAUGUCAUUGACAGCUUCUUCGCCAAACACAUGCAAGCUCAGGAAGCUAAGCUAGAGUCAGGAAAAGAAAAUGUUCCCGUCAACGUGGAAAAUGUGGACGAAAUCCGCCCAGAGACAGUGGUUGUAGAAAUCCAAGGCUUGGUAGAGCAGCAGAGGGUGUCUAACGUGCUCGGCACUGCCUUCAGACGGCGGCUCGAAAACAUCAUCCGUGGUACUAUCUCAAAUGUCUCAAAUGUUUCCCGGGGCCCCAGGGCUUCUCCCCAACCCAGUACAUCUCAGAGCACCACCCCACAAUCAUCACCCCUCAGUACAAAUAACACAACUCCCCACAGUCUGUCUCGAGAUGGAACACCAUCUGUUGUUGCAACCCCAAACAGUCUUUCAAGAGAAGGUACGCCCAUGGAGGCAGAAAUACAAAAUAUACCCCGACCUGUGGAACAGCUUCAACAUGAAGAACGCAGUAGGAGUAACAGCAUCACAAGUGCAAGAAGUGGAUUGUCCGCACACAGCACAGCAAGCUCAAAUGGAUCAUCCACUCACAGUAAUGAGAAUAGAAGUCUUCCACAGCCUACUGUUAACAACUCACAAGAGAAUAACGUUAACCUUGGUAACAUCCCUGAACAUGUGAUGGAGGAAAUGCAACAGGAGCAGUUUAUUCAAGAGAUCAGUGAGCUGGUUCACCGUCAACUGGUUACCUCCACCCUACAAGGAAACUUCCGAACCACGCUAGAACUUACCAUGAGGGAUCACAUGAGAGGUACAGAUUCUGACGGCCAGAGGGUACAGGAGUAUGUACAAUCCCUCCAACCGACACAACCGAUCAUCCGGAACGACUUCUCUCACCUGGGGAUUCCCCUCAAUAACCAAGAUAACCUGGACAAUAUCUCAGUCACCAGUGUCAGUGCUCACGCAGUGCCUUACACUCAGUCCAACAUGUACCUGAGCCGAGAAAUGGCCAGUCUGAAAGCCCAGGUUGAGGAGAUGAAGAACAUGUUAAAGGUCAGCUUCGACCUUCAACUGGACAUCCAGAGGGCCAUCAGGCAGGAAGUGGCCGCAGCCAUGUCCGAAAAAUCAGAUGGAACUCGUGAGACGGCUACUUCCCGUCAGUCUCGUCCAGUCAACGACUCGCACUGUCUGAUCUGCCUGGACAAAUUCUCAGACUCGGUUCUCUACCAGUGUGGUCACAUGUGCGUUUGUUACGGCUGUGGACGUCAGCUGAUGUCUCGGGGUUCUAAAUGCCCUGUGUGCCGAGCCCCCAUCAAAGACAUCAUCAGGGCCUACAGAUGUAACUACGAGUAAAAACAACGAACAGGAGAGUUUCUCUGUGCCAAAUCCGUGGUUGAGUGGCUCUGGAUUAAACAGUCCAUCGCACACUGAAUUUUAACAUCAUCCAUUUGUAUAUAUAACAGCUUGAACAUGAUGUUGUCGUAGAUGAAGCAGUGUAUACAUUGGAUUGAAGUUUGACUGAAUUUCCCCCAUUCACUUCUUGUAAUGUAUGUGCAGUACAGUGUUUGGCAUAUAUAUAAAUUAUAUCUUUGCUAAUGUUGGCCCUGAAGAGCUGACUCCAUAUAAUUAUCCAACAAGAAAUUAUGUUAAGCACCAUACUAAAGCACUAAUAGGCAGUGUGUGUUGGCUGAGAAUGUUCUUUUGGUUUGCAUGAUGAACUCAGCUUUGCUUAUAACAGUUGAAGUUUAAAAAUUGGAUGCUGAGAAUUUUUAUAUCAUUGCAUUUCACAUAGUUAAACUAUCAUAAGGAGUCAGCAUUAAGUCAUGUUGAAUUUGAUAAUUGUUUUCAUGAUGUGUUGUUGACAAUACAUGAAACAUGUUACUGUUUUUGUUAUUUUAAAUGAUUUCAUUUUUUCAUACUCUUUUUCUAAAACAUGUGCAAUAUUAACAUUUAAAUGAAAUCAUGUUUCCAUGCAGUUGUUGUUUUUUAGAGACCAAAAGUAGAUGCUGGUUUUGAUUUUUUAAUC